AGCCAUUUUGGCUCAAGGGGUAAGAUCACUUACCUAGCCACGCCGCGCGCCCUGAGGAAGCACGCGGGGCGCGAUGGGCCUGCUCGGCGCAUUGAUCAGGGGCCGCGGUGGCCGCCGACGUCGGGGCCGCAGCAACGGAGGGGCAGCUUGCCUGGCCAGCGCCGCCGCCGAGUGGGUCGCGCGCCCGCUCGCCGCGCACAAGCGCGACGACGGCCUCGAGGAGGACGCCGAGGCGCCGCUUCCUCGGGCACGCCGCCACAUCUGCGACCCCUGCCACGGCAUGCCAGACCGACGAUCCCUGGCGUCCGUGGAUGGCAUCCUGCUCGAGGACGACGGCGAGGCGGGCCGUGAAGGUGGAGACAGAGGCAGAGCUUCCCCUCGAAGCCGCAGGACUCGGAGCAGCAGGACGGACGAGGAGAAGCAGCUCCUGAAGAAAAUUGAGAGGCAACAGAAAGAUGCGGAUGUCACGGCCAAAGCACAGAAGAUGCGACAUCAGGAUUGGACAAAUGACAUCGAUGUGUUAGAAGGAAAUGUGUACAGUAUUGGAGCCUUCGGCGCCUUGAACAUACCGAAGGAAGAGUCUUCGUCUCGUAGCUGGAGCGGUAUCAGGUCAAGAUCCCGCCUAAUAGGUUGCUGCGUCAUCGCCAUGGUUCAGAUACUUGGCCCGCCGUGUGUCUUAUGCAGCGACCUCAGAGGUAUGUACGACUCGCGACAGGUGUGGGACCCGACGGAUCCCGCAAACAGCCUGAUCGACUGGAGGGUCAGGGGACCGACGAAGCUUCUGGGCACCUUGCUCCUGUUUCUCUUCAUCCUGAACGGGCUCUUCGUAGUCGUGCAGUGCAAAGAUACCUGGUUCAAGCUGUACAACACGUUCCAGUACCUCAAGCGCACAGCUGACUUCGAGGUCCAGGGCCAGGGAUUUCUGUACCUUGGCGCGUUCAUCGACUGCUGGACGGUCUUCUUGUGCUGCGCGGCCUGCUACAUCGUGGUGGGAACAAGUCCGACCGUGCAGGACGUGCUUUUUGACUCCUUGACCCUGCUAUUCCUGUACAACUUGGACGAGGUCGGAGGUGACCUUGGCUUCGUCGAGGAAGAUGACUGGCCAGGCGAUAGGCUCGGCUGGAGCUUCAAGCACAUGGUCAAAGUGGACUGGCAGCCCGGUGAAGAAGAAGCUGCGAAGAACUUCUGGGAGCUGAAGAGACAAGCGAAAGAGAGGAUGGCGUGCAAGAUGGGCUGCGGCAAGCCCGUGAAGAAAGGCUUCGACACCUGCUGCCGAGCCUGCGCCAGGGGAAAGGCACCCCCGCACGACCACGACUGCGGCGAUGCCGACAAGGCGGUCUCAGACGACGGGGGCUCUGGCGCAGAGGACGCAAUCGAGCCGACGGAGCAUGUGAUGCUGAGAUCGGAUUCGUAUGAAGGAGGCGAGAGGAAGGACUGGAACGUCGGAGGCUACAUCGUCCUGGCUUGGUACACGGCGACGGUGUACCUGCUGGUGGGAUGGCAUUCGUCCUGCCGCUCCUCGAGAUCUACACCCUUUUCUCCCGGCUGGCGGUCGAUAACAGGUAGCCGGCAGAUGUCCCCACGCCGGCGGCCGCCCCGUGACGGACCAGUGGCCGCUGGCCCGUGUUGCGCCCGCGGCGGGCGGGUCGCGCGGGCGCCCCGCCGUGGGCUGCAAGUAGUUGUUUAAAUUUGUGCAGUAUGCGAUGGCGUACCGCGACACGGACAACACGACCUGAAGGCUCCAGCACCCGCCCCGCGCUGGCCUUCAAGGGCCCCGCUCUCGGCGGUCUACUGCCCCCUUCUCUUUUCCUCGUUCCCCUUUUCCCAGGCUGCUCCGCUGACAACCAGAGGUUCGGUUCACGGCGCAGCACGCAACGGUCGAAUAUGUCUGCGCUGAAUAUGUCUG